UGGUCAUCUUCUCUAAACAGCCCGGUGACCUGCAUUAACCAAUUCAAUAGGUAACUAGACACGUGGCGUGUUUGGAUUGGUCUAUUUUUGUUCAUCCUUUUAUUUCUUAGUCCGUAUGUGUUCUCUUUUCCUAUGCUCUGUGUUUUCUCCAGUGUGCACUAUCCUUUUCAUUCUUCGUUUUUCUUUCAUCUCGUCUUCUCUCCCACUCUCCCUUCUUUCUUCCUCUUUUUCGUUUCUAAUUCUCGUUUUCCUUUUAAUUUUUCCAUAGUUGCUCGGUUGCUCCAGUGCUCCUCUUUGCCUUCCCCCGUGCUUUAGGCCCAACAACCAAGGAAAUGGAAUUUGUUGCUAGACACCACAUAUCUCUCAUCUCUACCCCAUCAGUUUCUUUUUCUUUCGAAUUAAGAGAGGAGAACAGCCGAAUGAGAUUCAAAAUGGAUAUAUACGUGGAGGGGAGAGAGCCGGAGUAUUCCCAUACUUAGCCGAGAACAGAAAAACCAGAGUCAUAGGUGGUAGAAGGGAUAUAUAUAGUUGAAUGUGUUUCAUCGUCCCUAGAUUGUUGCUGUCACAAACUUUGUCUCCACGACUCCACCGGUGAUGGGAGAUUCCCAGUUAAGUGAAGACCUCAAUUCGAAUAGAGUAUGGAGCCGGAGAGAAGAGAUUGAAGGUCUGCUCCUCCUUGCCGACACUGGCACACUGCCAUCUGCUCUUCCAUUCGCCGGCGGCUGGCCGGCCAACUGUCCCCAAAGAAGUAAAUGAACGGCUUGUUGUUUCAGCCGUCCAAAGAAGAGUCCAAUUAUUCCUUUUUUUUGAGUUUUUUUAGUUAUUACCGGUUUUAUAGGUUUCAAGUAAGCUAGGAUCAAUAUGAGAAGAUGACAUAUAAACUUUGUACUCCCUCCUUAUCUUUAAAAUCUUCACAUUUGAAAAGUAGGUAGAUUAAGAAUAGUGAAAGAGAAUAUGAAUUAUUGAGGGUAUGAUAGGAAGAUAGUGGAAUAAGGUGAUGGAUUGUAGGAUAAAUCCAAAAAAGUAGUUGUAAUAGUGUAUUAUUUUCAGAAUUAUUGAGGGUAUGAUAGGAAGAUUUAGAAAUGGGAAGAUUUUUUUGUUACGGACGAAAAAAGAAAGUGGGAAGAUUUUAAAGUUACGGAGGGAAUAUUAUUUUAGAAUUACACAUAUUUAGGAUUAAUAUUGGAAGACGCGUGAUAGUUGGGAUUAUUCAUUGAAUUUUUCCUAUUAUAUAUACGUAUAUUAGUGUAUUGAUAUAAUACUUCUACACAGCAAUUGGAAAUAGACAAAUACGGAGUAGUCAAAACUCUAAAAGUCAAACAAAAUGAUACUCCACUUGACAAGGACAUGAUAGCCUGGCUGCCAUUCUGCCAAGCCUGAUGGCCCAAUAGAAAUAUUAGAAUUAAAAUUACGAAGUAGAAUUUAGGGCCUGGACUCCUAGUUAGCCUAGAACACUUUAAGCUAAUUAAAAAAAAUUAAAAUGUGAAGAUGAAAGAAUUUGUAAAGCCGCUAGUCCGCUACCCAUUUUGCCAAGCCAGUAAAGCCGCUCCCAAUUCUGCGGUUCUGCACUUCUGCCAGGGGGCCAGGUGACCUACCAAUCUGCAAACCAAGUAGCUAGUGAAGGCAAUGAAAUACAAUCAGUGGAAGGUAUUAGUUUUCAAACUUCGCUUCCGUGGUAUACAUGGAGGAUGACAUCUACAAGUAAUGUAAAAUUUAUCUUUCCUUCUAAUUACCUAUGGCCUUCUUUACUCUUAAACUUAUAUUUCCUUCUAAUUAGCUAUCACCUUGUUUACUCUUAAACUUAUAAUCUAUCCCACUUUUCCAACUAAUUAUUACAAUUAUUGCAUUAAUGAUAGUUGUUGGGUUUAAUCCAACACGAUAUAGUAAAUAUAUGUAUAAAUGUGUAUGAACAAGCUAUUUUUACGUGGAAACCCGGAAAGGGAGAAAACCACGAGACUUUUUAGGCUAAUGUCCAAGCCCUCUCAUUCUCAUUAGGACUCUCCUCACUAUUACAUAGUACAAUAUUCAAGCUCCUAUUAAUGGAGGAUCAAGCUAAUCUAGAGAAGAAGAAGCAUGAAGAAGGAGGAAAAAGGGAUCCUUUACAUGGAGGGAAAGCCUCCUAUAAAUAGGGAAAGGGGUGAGGGAAGUACUCCACCCUAAUGGACCAAACGGGCCGAUGUCGGGCCUAAUGGCCAAAGUGGGCCUAGCUGCUCGGGCUCCGUACUGGAUAAUGUCUUGGGCUCCUGAACAGUAAUAGGCCGGGAUAAUAUAUCCCAACACAAGUCCCCCAGUUUCUUGAGUAGUGAGCGUGCGAAUCUGCUCGAGAAAAUAUACUCUUGCCUGUGCUCUUCCUCUGUCUAGCUGGAACCUGUGUCUUCGAAUAAUCAUAAUAUAUGAGUGGGUAUCUGCACUCCUGAACGUAAUCUGCCGGUGAGGCACCCCCCUUCCCGACAGGGUCGGGCGAAAGGUGCUCCUCCACGGGCACACUCCCCCUGAAUGCAUCAGGCGAGAGUAAAGGACUCUGACUCGAGCUUUCCAAUCGGAGAAGCUUAGAGGUCCAUGCAUCUAUAAACCGACGUCGAGGUACUGUCAAAACAUGAUGCACGUGUGCAUGUAUGAAUGUAUGAGGUAUGAUGCAUGAAUGCAUGAAUGCAUGUAAUGUAUGGGUGCAAUGUAUGAGAGAAGGAAUGUGAGAUGUGAUAGAAAGCGGUGGCUCUCAUCGAUAAACCGGGCAUGUCAGCGCCGAGAGGCAGACGUGCUGCAUAAGACGGUCAUCGCCAUCCUAGAAGGAAUGGGCGAUCCGGAGAUGAACUUGACACAAUGGCACGGAGGGGCCGAUUGUGCUGCAUAAGAGAUGUUCAUCGCCAUCCUAGAAGGGAUGGGCGAGCCGAACAUGAGCCAGACACGAUGGUGCUGAGAGGCCGAUCGUGCUGCAUAAAGACGUUCGUCGCCAUCCUGGAAGGGAAUGGGCGAACCGAACCGUGAAUCUGGACACGAUGGCGCUGAUGGACCGAUCGUGAUGCAUAAUACGUUCGUCGUCACCCUGGAAGGGAUGGACGAGCUGAACGUGAGCUGGGUACGAUGGCGCUGAGGGGCCGAUCGUACUGCAUAAGACGGUCGUCGCCAUCCUGGAAAGGAAUGGGCGAGCCGAACCGUGAGUCUGGACACGAUGGCGCUGAGGGGCCGAUUGUGAUGCAUAAAAACGUUCGUCGCCAUCCUGGAAAGGAAUGGGCGAACCGAAUCGUGAAUCUGGACACGAUGGCGCUGAGGGGCCGAUCGUGACGCAUAAUACGUUCGUCGCCACCCUGGAAGGGAUGGACGAGCUGAGCGUGAGCUGGGUACGAUGGCGCUGAGGGGCCGAUCGUACUGCAUAAGACGGUCGUCGCCAUCCUGGAAGGGAAUGGGCGAGCCGAACCGUGAAUUUGGACACGAUGGCGCUGAGGGGCCGAUCGUGAUGCAUAAUACGUUCGUCGCCACCCUGGAAGGGAUGGACGAGCUGAACGUGAGCUGGGUACGAUGGCGUUGAGGGGCCGAUCGUACUGCAUAAGACGGUCGUCGCCAUCCUGAAAGGGAAUGGGCGAGCCGAACCGUGAAUCUGGACACGAUGGCGCUGAGGGGCCGAUCGUGAUGCAUAAGACGUUCGUCGCCACCCUGGAAGGGAUGGACGAGCUGAGCGUGAGCUGGGUACGAUGGCGCUGAGGGGCCGAUCGUACUGCAUAAGACGGUCGUUGCCAUCCUGGAAAGGAAUGGGCGAGCCGAACGGUGAGUCUGGACACGAUGGCGCUGAGGGGCCGAUCGUGAUGCAUAAAACGUUCGUCGCCACCCUGGAAGGGAUGGACGAGCUGAGCGUGAGCUGGGUACGAUGGCGCUGAGGGGCCUAUCGUACUGCAUAAGACGGUCGUCGCCAUCCUGGAAGGGAAUGGGCGAGCCGAACCGUGAGUCUGGACACGAUGGCGCUGAGGGGCCGAUCGUGAUGCAUAAGAUGUUCGUCGCCACCCUGGAAGGGAUGGACGGGCUGAACGUGAGCUGGGUACGAUGGCGUUGAGGGGCCGAUCGUACUGCAUAAGACGAUCGUCGCCAUCCUGGAGGGAAUGGGCGAGCCGAACCGUGAAUCUGGACACGAUGGCGCUGAGGGGCCGAUCGUGAUGCAUAAGACGUUCGUCGCCACCCUGGAAGGGAUGGGCGAGCCAAACCGUGAGUCUGGACACGAUGGCGCUGAGGGGCCGAUCGUGAUGCAUAAGACGGUCGUCGCCAUCCUGGAGGGAAUGGGCGAGCCGAACGUGAGCUGGGUACGAUGGCGCUGAGGGGCCAAUCGUACUGCAUAAGACUGGUGAUGAUCAUCUCAUGGCCCUCGGCCUGUCGGUGAGUGAUAAUCGUCUCACGGCCCUCGGCCGUGCUGGUGAUGUGUCAAGUUUCUCUCCUGAUUGGCUGUGAGAAGCCGAUCGUCUGCCAGGACUCCAUCCGGGAAGGAAUGGUGAGCCUGAAAUAAAUCUGGGCGAUGUCCCUCCUACCUGAUCUGGGGAGCUAAUCGUCGUUCGUCUACCGUAUCUGUGGUCCUAUGUACGGACCGCUAAGCGGUGUACACUCGGUACGCAAUAGACUCCGGUGGAGAACUGGUCCUUCGUGUCUGAUCCAUGGAGCUGGUCUUCGUUCGUCUACCGUAUCUGUGGUCCUAUGUAUGGACCGCUGAGCGGUGUACACUCGGCACGCAACAGACUCUGAUAAAGAACUGGUUCUUCGUGUCUGAUCCAUGGAGCUGGUCUUCGUUCGUCUACCGUAUUCGUGGUCCUAUGUAUGGACCGCUAAGCGGUGUACACUCGGUACGCAACAGACUCCGGUAAAGAACUCGGUCUUUGUUCUUCCCAAGUCUCGUGAGUACUGGUCUCCUGGUUUCGCAGGAGACGUUCGUCAUCCCAACUAUGAGAAGAAACAGGUUUAUCCACGUCAGGAUUCCCUAUCUCUGUUCGUCCCCAGUCGUGAGUUACUAGUCUUCUGGCUUCGCAUAAGACGUUCGUCAUCCGUCCAUAAGGGGGAGGAACCGGUACACCCUGUCAGGGUUCCCGUUUCUUCGUUCGUCCCUGUCGUGAUCCUACUAACCUUCUUCCCUCGAAGAAGACGUUCGGUCAUUCACCGAUCGCAAGGAGGAACUGGUUACCCUAUCGCGGGUUCCGUGCUUCGUCGUCCCAUGCUCGUGGCCCUACUAGCCUUCUGCUUUUGCAGAAGGUGUUCAUCGAUCCACGGGAAAUGGGAGGAACUGGUUUAUCUUGCCGAGGUUCCCUUUGGUUCGUCUACCCCCCCCCCCCACGUUCCUACUGGCCUCCGUGUCAGGAGACGUUCGUCAUACGCGGCGAAGGAAGAUCUGGCAUACCUCGUCAAGACUCCCUCUCUCAUAGGAUCUCGUCUCCCCUUCUCCCCAUCUUUUUUUUUUGUGGGAGGAAAAUACGUUCAUCGGUUCUAAGAAUGACCACAAGUGAUGUCACACAUAAUGGUGGUGGGAUACCAAAAUGAAUAGAAUGACGAGGCGAUGGAAAUGCUGGUCGUCAUGCGAAGGCGAUGGUCACCCUCCUGGAGGGGAGGGGUGUGCCCGAUCGCUAACUCAAGAAGGUCGGUAUACAAUGAUCAUAAUGUCGUUGAGCAGUCAGUCCUGAUAAGGAGAUGACAAUAGUGUCCAAUCAGGCCGAUAUAUCCGAGCAACGGCUCUCAUCCACGCAGCGCGGGGAUGAAACCGGUCUUCAAAAGAUAAAUAUGUCGUGCCGAGAGGCCGAACAUAACAUGAUAGUGUCGGCAGUGAGGGGCCGACCUGAAAGAAUCAAGCAAUGGUUCUCGUCCGCGAGGGGCGGGGACAAGGCCGGUCUUCAGAUAUGGAAAGCACGCCGAGCCGGGAGGCCGGUCGUGGUAUAAUGGCGUCGGCAAUGAGCGGCCGAUCUGAGAAAAUCAAGCAACGGCCCUCGUCCGCGAGGGCGGGGACGAGGCCGGUCUCCAAAUAUGGAAAGCACGUCGAGCCGGGAGGCCGGUCGUGAUAUAAUAGUGUCGGCAAUGAGGGGCCGAUCUGAAAUCAAGCAACGGUCCUCAUCCGCGCAGUGCGGGGACGAGGCUGGUCUUCAAGUAUGAUAAUGGCACCGUAUCAGGGGGGUCGGUAGCCAUGUAAAAGUAUCGGCCUGGGGGCCGAUCAGAAAGAGGCAAGCAACGGUCCUCAUCCGCGAGGGGCGGGGACGAGGCCGGUCUUCAAAUAUGAUAAGCACGCCGGGCCGGGAAGCCGGUCGUGAUGUAAUGAUGUCAGCAAUGAGAGGCCGACCAAGAUCAAGCAACGGUCCUCAUCCGCGCAGUUCGGGGACGAGGUCGGUCUUCAAAAGAUAAACACGCCGUGCCGAGAGGCCGGUCAUGAUAUAAUGAUGUCGGCAAUGAGAAGCCGGUCAAGUGUAUCCGUGCAACAGCUCUCAUCCGCGCAGCGCGGGGAUGAUACCGGUCUUCAGGUGAUAAACACGCCGUACCGUGGGGUCGGUCGUGAUGUAAGGAUGGUCCCACGACCCUUGGUCGUAGUGGUCUCCUCUAGGCCACCGGCUCCUGGGGUGGAGAUGCUCGUAUCACGGCUCUCAGCCGUGAUGGUUUCUUCUUGGCCCUCGGCCUCUGGAUGAUGGAUGAUCGUCUCACGGUUCUUCGCCGUGGCAGUUCCCUCUAGACCCUCGGCCUCUAGGUGUUCUUCCUAUGCCAUCGGUCUCUGGGGUGGAGAUGCUCGUCCCACGGUUCUCCACCAUGGUGGUCCCCUCUUUAGCUGGCCCUGAACGUCUUCAAGACUCGGGCCGAGCGUCUUUUAAUCAUUUCGCUCGAGCGCGUCGAGUGGCUUCAGCUGCGCAAUAAGCAUGAUAACGGGCCGCACGGCCCGACAGUAUAUAUACAUAGCCAUCUGUGUGGAUUUCUCUCUAACACCCACGAUUACUGGCCUAUGGGUCACUGUGACCCUCAGUCUGGCUCAUCGUGCGGGGUUACUGGACGUAACAACUUGCGGCAGGGCCAUUUAGCAGCCUACCGAACGUCACAUAAAAAUAUUCAUCGGUCUGUGAGUUUUCGAACUCAGACCCAAGUUGGUCGCACUGCCCUCGGAAAAACGAGGUUGAGUGCUUUGGUGCCCUCGGGCCCCAUAGGCCACGUUCGGCAAUAGUCACUUCGCGCCUAAUGGCGUAGAUUACAUUGGGGUACGGUCGUCGAUCGGGCACGUAGUGCCGUGUGGACUAAUGCGCAACCCUCAAAUUAAAAUGCGUCGUCGGGGCAUCGCCCUUCUGGAGACGCUCGGAUCGCUUAAUCAAGCCGACCAAGAGUGGGCCAACAGGCCCACAAGAAAUUAAAUAUCCAAUAAAAUGUUGGCUGAACCAACCAUCAUUAGAGCUUCGCUCCACAUUAUUUAAUUCGGGACAUUUUUAUCCCUAAUAAAUAAUAGUGAUGUAACAGGUAAUAGCAAUGAUAUUCUCCUAUCAAAGGCCAUUCAGGUACGUUCCGCUCGCUAAUUAAAGCCGAUUGGGAGCGGGCCGACAGGCCCACAACAACAGUCAUUAAAUUUAAAUGACUGUUAAACUACUUAUCACAAGAGCGUCGCUCGACAUUAUUUAAUUUUGGGAGAUUUUUAUCCCUAUUAAAUAAUGGUGAUAAUAAUUAAUAGCAAUAACAUUAUUGGAACUUAAUUAACACGUAAAUGAGGGAGUAUUUGUGAUACUUAUCUCUUGGAGCUAUUCAGCCGAACUACGGAGUACGUACUUAGCAGCUAGUUGACCCAUGCACUCAGAUAAAACCAUGUGCUCCACUCAUCUGCUAACUCCUUUUUCAGACUUGGUCCCCUCCUACGUGGUCCGCCUUUAGCCGAGUGAAGAACGUCUUGUGGAGAGGCAGAUGGAACACCCCGCCGAUGCCAAGUACAUGUCGGCCGCUGACUCACGGCGGUGAUGGUGUCACGGCAGAUCGAAGGCGUCCGUGGAGGCUUAGCUUCGUCUGCACACUUGGUUCCCUGGAGCUAUAAACCGCCGUAAAUGGCGGGAACCCAGGAAGCUCCGGUUGAUGGCAAGGUGGACAAGCCAGCCACGAGCGGUGACCGGCGGUCUUCAGCUGCUGGUGGCGAAGCGUCCUGAACUGGUUCGGGACCUCCGGCGGCUCUGGCAGUCUCCGGCGAGUCCAUCCUAGUCCGGAAAAUCCGGACCCGAGCUCCCAGAUUCCAUAGCUUCUCAUACUUCCUUCCUUCCUUCCUUAGAACCGUUUGUUUCUUUCUUUUUGCUAAAAGCCCAGAUCUUCGUAACACCUUUUCUUCUUCCUCGUUGAAAUCCAAAACCUCCAGCAUCACAUUUUUCUUCCUAGAUCCAGAGCUUCUCAGAAUCAUUUUUCCAGGAUGUUUUCAUUUUCUUUAUUUUUUGCUGAAAUCAGUCCAUUUCCGUAUCAUUUUUGUGUAGAACACAUGAAUCUUUUUGGACAGAUUCCCACAGACGGCGCCAGUGUUGGGUUUAAUCCAACACGAUAUAGUAAAUAUAUGUAUAAAUGUGUAUGAACAAGCUAUUUUUACGUGGAAACCCGGAAAGGGAGAAAACCACAGGACUUUUUAGGCUAAUGUCCAAGCCCUCUCAUUCUCAUUAGGACUCUCCUCACUAUUACAUAGUACAAUAUUCAAGCUCCUAUUAAUGGAGGAUCAAGCUAAUCUAGAGAAGAAGAAGCACGAAGAAGGAGGAAAAGGGGAUCCUUUACAUGGAGGGAAAGCCUCCUAUAAAUAGGGAAAAGGGUGAGGGAAGUACUCCACCCUAAUGGACCAAACGGGCCGAUGUCGGGCCUAAUGGCCAAAGUGGGCCUAGCUGCUCGGGCUCCGUACUGGAUAAUGUUUUGGGCUCCUGAACAGUAAUAGGCCGGGAUAAUAUAUCCCAACAAUAGUAAAAAUAAUCUAUCCCACUUUAAUUAUUUUGUUUGUUGGUUCUUUUGCAUUACAUUUUUGAGCAUUUUACUUCUUAGCUUGCUUUCAGAAAAGAAUUGGCUUAUUUUAAUAUUUUUGUUCUAACUUCAAAGUAUGAGCCAUCAAUACUUAGACACAAAGAAAAAAGGGCUCCUGGAUUUAAGUUGCGAUGUGUCAAACUUUUGUAAUACUAAUGCUACACACAACACAGUUCUAAAAGAUAGCAUCAUAAAACAACUAAGGUGAAGUAUAAAUAAUUAAUCCGAAGGUUUGAGUUCUAGUAAAAUUGACAGAGUCAUACACAAUCAUUAAGGUUUAAUUAAGGUUUAAUUAACAGUCUCAAUCCAGUAAAUUUUAGAUCCGCUUUACUCGCUUAUAGUUAGUCCCUUGCUUUAUUUCAUUUCUAUACUACUCUAUAUAUGUUUAUAAUAAAUCCUCUCUAUAGUUUGCACAGAUUCUUAUAUUAUUUAUCCCAGAGCUAAAAUUUUGUGGAGGCAAAUUACAUUGCAGGUCCCAUGUGCUCCAAUUAUUUUCAUUUAUAUGUUGUUCUCAAAGCUGUCUUCUUCACUAUUAUCUAAAACCAUCCAAAGAAAUUGAUGGUUAGAGCAGAGCAUAAACUGGUUUUAAAACAUCAGGUUAAUGUAAUCAUGUGAGUUGUAUUGAUGCAUAUAAUCAAUAUAAGCACCCACUAAGGAAUUGUCACAUGUUACUUCAAUCAAUUAAAUGAUUAUGAAUUUAAUGUCUUGUUUUCUUAAAUUCAUGUUUAUCAUGUUUGAACUCUUACGUUUUUGAUUUGUUGGAACUUUCAUACUUUAAAAGUUGACAUCGCUCUGUAUCUUUAUUUGUUUCCUUGUGAUGUCUAUGAAGUAUGAACUGAUUUUUAUGAGUAACAUAUUGUUAGUAAGCAUUAUUGUUGGAAGCGUUUUUUAUUUGCAUUUGAAUUAACUUUGGAAGUGGUGUAUUUUUCGCUACAUGCUUGAAAUAUGUUGAUGCUUCAUUCCUAACUGCUAAGUUCUAACAACGUUGUGUUUUUUUCCUCCGCAUCAUCCCAGAUAUACCCUCUUUUUGCAAAUCGCUUUGCUUUUAAAUUGAACUAAUUUUGGCCUUUUUUUCUUUUCAAAUGCAGAAAAUUGUUGUGUAUAUGGCUUUAAUUUUGGAAAAUGACUUGCAUUUAAAUGAUGUAAAUUUUUAUAAAUAUUUGUUUGUUGCAAAAAGGAAAUGAUAAUUGAUAAGUGAGUAAUCAAAACUAGAUUUAGGGAGUGUUUGCAAUUGCUUCAACUUUAAAAAAGUGAUUUUUUAAAAUGAUUUUGGGAAAAGUGAUUAAUAGUAAAACUUGGUAGUGUUUGAGAAAAAAGUGAUUCUGAAAAAGUUAAAGUUGGUAGUGUUUGGUAAAAUAAGUACUUUUUGUGUAAUAGAAAAAGUGAAAAGCAGUUUAAAGCACUCUUCCACCUGCUUCCAGCUUUUAGCUUUUAAGUGAUUAAUUUAAGCAGAAACAGUCAUUUGAAAACACUCUUUUUAACUUUUUUUAAGCCAAAAGCUGAAAAGUGAUUUUCUUAAGCAAAGGCAAACACUGCUUUACUCUAUUCUCAUAGUAGCGAGAUGCUACAUGCGCAAUCUUUAAAUUUGGGUUGCAUCUAGUACAGUAUUCACUAUGUGCUAAUCGAAUGGUUUUGAAUCUAGUAUGCUUACGUUUGUUUC